UCCGGCCGACGGCUGCGCAAGCCUCCCCCUCUCCGACGGGCCGGGCGGCUGCUCCGAUGGCCAAGUUCGUGCUGGCAGGUAGGGCAGAUUGCCCUUACUAUGCUAAGGCAGAACUUCUAGCUGACUGUCUGCAGAAAAAUUUGCCUGACUUCCAGAUACAUAAGAUUACUCAGCAUCCUGACAACUGGGAGAAAUGGCUUCAGGAGAUCUGUGAAAAAAAUGGAUGGAAGCACAAGCGCUCCCCAAUUAUUUGGAGAGAAUUGUUGGACCGUGGAGGAAAGGGUCUUCUUCUGGGAGGAUUUAAUGAUUUUCUAGAACAUGCUCAGCAUUACUAUAAUGUCACAUCAGACAUGAUGACUGCAGAGAUGCGUCAAAUUGCUGUGGAAAACUUGCAGACUCACAUAGACGUUGAACAAGAAGAGGAAGAACUUAAGAGCCUUAUCGAUCCUUUGCACAUUUGGAUCAACAGAGCAGCUGGUCAUAUCUGCUAUCACCUGAUCCCUUUAUUGGCCAAUGGAGAAAUAUUUGGGAUGGAAACCGAAGUCAGCCUGCAUUUGCUGGACAGAAGUGACUACAAAGAAGUUCUUCGUGGGGUUGUGAUGGAGGCUGAAGACUUAGCGUUCCCUCUUCUCCGUAGUGUUUCUUUGCACACUGAACUGGAUGGGGCUUUUCUUCAGGCUGAUGUCAUCAUUUUGCUUGAUGACAUCCUUCAGGAGACCAUCCCAACACUUGAAGACUGUAUUCAGCAAGUGAUGGCCCAGUGCAAAGUCUACGGUCCUCUAAUUGACAAGAACGCCAGAAGUAAUGUCAAAAUAGUCGUGAUGGGGAAAACCUUUUCCAACCUUAAGACUUUAAUGCUUAUGAUGAAUGCUCCGUCCAUUAACCCUCAAAAUAUUGUCACGCUAGCUCUGCUGGAAUGCGAAGCCAAGGCUAUGUUGGCAAGAAAGCUGAACAUGCAUUCAGCAGGAAUAAAAAACCUCAUUGUCUGGGGCAACGUCAGCGGGAGUAGCUUUGUUGACCUAAGUAAAACAGAACUCUAUAGAUAUGACAGCGCCAUCUGGGGCCCACCAAGCUUUUUCCGUCCCUUGUUGGAUGUUCUGUUUGAUCGUGAAUGGAUGCGCUCUGAAUUUUUGGCUUCAUUGGGUUCAUUGAGUUGUUGGGGGCUCCAUUGUUUAGGCAUGGCACCGGCACAUGUCAUUGCAACAGUGCUGAGAUACUGGUACCAGGACUCCCCCCCGGAGGAGAUUGUUUCUGUAGGAGUCAUCAGCAAAGGCCAGUUUAGGCUUCCUGAAGAGAUUGUCUUUUUCAUGCCUGUGAGGUUCCAGAACGGCAGUUGGGAAGUCCUUACAGAACUAGAAAUUAGCGAGAAAAAUCAAGAGUAUCUUCAGAUUUUAGCUUGUGAUCUGAUUCGGGAAAAGCAAGUUGCAUUAGGUGAAAUAGAUGAACUAUACCCACGUAGAAAAGCACCUUUUCUGACAAUGGAAGAAGAAGAAGAAGUAGUAGAAAGUACUUCCAAAGUGGAGAUCAACAUUACAUCCAGUGGCCAAGUUCACUUUGAAGAAACAAGAGCUGAGGAGGCUGAGGGGUUACCUGACGAUUUAACAGAGCUGAAGAGUCCGGAAGAAGAAAACGUUGAAGAACCUGCAGAUGUUACUGAAGUUUCUUCGUACCAUGAAGUCAGUUUGAGCAAUCUGGAAUAAAGUUUGUAAUUCAUAACCGAACAGUACAGCUGCAGCUAUCAAACACUUGGAUGUGGUGGCUUCUGUGACUCAACAACAGUAGUUUUGAUGAAAGAAAACUUUGUUUUUUUCC